AGCGGAUGACAGGUGACAGGAUCCGGAUUCGGCUGGGAAGGAGCUACUGAGUCUCAGAAAGAAAUGGGGAAAAAAGCAAAGUAGGCUGGCAAUCGAAAAGCAGUAAGCAUAGCAGUAAUCCAUCGGAGAUCGAAGAGAGUAGUCCGAGGGGCAAAAGCAGGACGAGAACGAGGACAAGGAGCGGGACAAGGACGAAGGACGCAACGCGUGAGAGUUGGAAGCUGUCCUCGAGGAACUCUUCCCGGAGGCAGAAGAAAUGUAUUCGGCGGUGAAGCCGCUGUCCAAGUAUCUGCAAUUCAAGUCAAUCCGCAUCUACGACGCCGUCUUCACCGUCCACUCCAAGUGCACGGUGGUGAUCCUACUCACCUGCUCCCUGCUCCUGUCCGCCCGCCAGUACUUCGGCGAUCCGAUUCAGUGCAUCAGCGAGGAGAAGAACAUCGAGUACAUUCAGUCCUACUGCUGGACCAUGGGCACCUACAUCCUCAAGCUGGACGACAAUGGGGAGCAGCUCCAGCCGCCGGUUCAUCCGGAUCAGGAGUUGGCCUCUGACUCCUCUGACUCAGUCUCGGCCGCCUCCUCCUCCGACGCCGCCUCCUCCGCCUCCGCCUCCGCCGCCUCCUCCUCCGCCUCCUCCGCCCAGUCAUCCGCGAGAUCCCGCACCAGAUACCGAUCCCGGUCGAGCCUCCGCCGACUGGGGGAGUACAACGAGGCCUAUGCGAGGGCCAUGUCGAUAGCCGAGGGCGUGGGACCCGAGGUGCGGGGCCAGUCGGAGCGGGAGUACCUGCGCUACUACCAGUGGGUCAUCAUCCUGCUGCUCUUCCAGUCGUUCAUCUUCUACUUCCCCUCGUGCCUGUGGAAGGUGUGGGAGGGCCAGCGGCUAAAGCAGCUCUGCUCGGAGGUCGGUGAGGCGCUGCUCUCGGAGGAGACCUACAACACCCGGCUCCGGCUGCUGGUCAAGUACUUCACCACCGACUACGAGGACAUGCACUUCUGCUACAUGGCCAAGUACGUCUUCUGCGAGGUCCUCAAUUUCCUCAUCAGUGUGGUGAACAUAAUCGUCCUGGAGGUGUUCCUGAACGGAUUCUGGUCGAAGUACCUGCACGCACUGGCCACCAUUCCGUUCUACGACUGGGAUCGGUGGAACCGCGUGUCCUCGAGCGUCUUCCCCAAGAUCGCCAAGUGCGAGGUGCUGAAGUUCGGAGCCAGUGGAACGGCGAACAUCAUGGACAACCUGUGCAUCCUGCCGCUGAACAUCCUGAACGAGAAGAUCUUCGUGUUCCUGUGGGCCUGGUUCCUGCUGAUGGCCCUCAUGUCCGGCCUGAAUCUCCUUUGCCGGCUGGCGAUGAUCUGCAGCAGGAAUCUGCGGGAGCAGAUGAUCCGCAGCCAGCUGCGCUUCAUGACCAAGCGGCAUGUGCAGCGGGCACUGCGCGACCUCACCAUCGGCGACUGGUUCCUCCUGAUGAAGGUCAGCGUCAAUGUCAACCCCAUGCUCUUCCGGGAUCUCAUGCAGGAGCUCUGCGAGCUGCGCACCUCCUCCACCUCGGUCAGCAUCGUGGAGAGCGCGGUAUAGGAUUAGGAUCAGGAUGAGGAUCAGGAUCAGGAUGAUGAUCAGGAUCAGGAUAAGGAUAAGGAUCAGGACCAGGACCAGGAACAGGAACAGAACC